AUGGAGGUUAUAUCUCACAUGAUAAUGGUUCAUGAAUUGCCAUUUUCUUUUGUUGAGUAUGAACUCUUCAACAUAGUCAUGCAAUCUGCAAGUCCAUAUUAUGAGCGAAUUGGUCGAACAACAACCACAAAAGAUUGUUGGUCAACUUAUGAGCUAGAAAAGAAACGAGUACAAGGGUUGUUGAAUUCAGUUGACAAAAUUAGUAUCACGACUGACAUUUGUACAUCAAAUCAGAACAUUCAAUACAUGGUGAUAACUGCUCAUUUUGUGGACAUGGAUAGUAAGUUGCAAAAAAGAGUUCUAAACUUUGUUGAAGUGCUUCCUCCGCAUACCGGUACAUGUGUUUGUGAUGCAAUAUACAAAUGCUUACAAGGAUGGGGUAUUGAAGAGAAAGUGUGGACAAUCAUGGUGGAUAAUGCUUCUUAUAAUGAUUCAGCUGUGAGAUUGUUGCAUGACUCUCUUUCUUUUCAUAUAACUUUGCCACUAGAUGGUAAGUUGUUUCAUGUUCGUUGUUGUGCACACAUAUUGAAUAUUCUUGUGCAAGAUGGUCUUUCUAAGAUUAAGUCUAUCAUUGAAAAUGUUAGAGAUAGUGUGAAGUAUAUUAGUGCCUCACCUCAACGGUUGCAUAGUUUUAAUGAGAUUUGCAAACAGCUUCGAGUGUCGAACAAGAAGAUGAUUUUAGAUUGUUGCACUAGGUGCAAUGCAACGUUUGCUAUGCUGUCAUCUGCUUUGAAUUUUAAUAAAGUAUUUCCUUGGUAUCAACUUCGAGAUCCAAAUUACAAAUACUUGCCUUCUGAUGAUGAUUGA